UUUUUGUUUAAGGCGGGUAAUUUUGAAACGCUGCUGAAGGUUGUAUCGAUUUCAGCGUUUACGAUUAUUGUAGUUACUACAAAUGAAUCUGAUUUAGUAUAAUAUUCAUAUUAUCUAUCUAUCUUUAGAGUUUAAGCAUUUAUCGGUGCGCUUGUUUUAGUGAAUGUCGAAGUAACUGCUUAGUUAUUAGUCCCCGAGUUAUUUGUUUUGUAAGAUGAACAGCAGAACAUCCGCUGGACAAACGAGCACAAACAACAAACAAAACAGAAAGUCAGAUGGAGGCAGCACACCACGCCGGAGAUCAGCCCGGCUGUCUGCAAAUGAAGAAAACAUUCCUCCUAAAGCUGAGGCUCCGUGCGUUCCUGUCAAACGAUCGAUCACUGUGAGGAAGAUUGUACCAAGGAAAACCCAGGCCACAUCUGAGCUUAAUAAGGAAAAUGUGGAGAAAAGACUAUCCGGUGAUUCUAGAAAAAGGUCCAAAGUCUCAAGUCCACCCCAAGCUGAGACAACUGUGUCCAAACCCACCAUCCUGUCUCCCAUCCAGGCCCCUGCAUCACCUUCUCCCAAUACAGCACAACCUGAGCAGGACCCCGUGUGGUCCCACAAAGUGCGACGCUCGUACAGCCGCCUGAGCAUUGGCGACCGCUCGUUUGAGAGCCCCAAGCCUGAGUCUGCCUCGUCCCCCACACGCAGAGAAACUAUGUUCGGGUUCGAAAGGCUACAGACCCCAGAGGUGAUCCAUAAGGCCAACGUGUCCAGAGGAGCGUCUUCCUCCAUGUGCAUCGAAUCCUUCAACCUCUCAGCAGCCGACGACACAGUCGCCAACACCCCAGAGCCUGAUCUGAACAUUCCUGGUGUUUGCCUGGUGAAGAAGAACGCACGGAGGAAGAGGGUUCAACAGAUAAAGACGUCAGAACUGGAUAUUCUAGCCGCACAGAUGAAUGCUGAGUUCGAGGAGGCGGAGUGCUUUGAGCUGGUGGUGGAGUGACACACCGAGGCAGCUACAGAGACAUUUCAUGCCCUGGGGACAAAUGAACUCUGACCCAAUCCUGCUUCAGUAAAAGAGUUCAUAAUUAGCUACAGAUCAAGGUGUUAAUAUACAGAUCUGGAAAAAAAAUGGAAUAAUCCAUUAUGUACGAGGAUCAUUUUGCCCUGUCAUAUGUUAGUGUUCCUUAAUGCAUCAGUAGAUCAGAAGUUGAAUAUGAAUAUCGCGUUUGAAAUUUGACACUUAUUUUUCUCAAUGUCAAAAGGAUUUAUAUGCUGUUCUACAUGUUUUCUCUUUUUGUUGUUUAUUUUAUUAUUCCGUCUAUUGUCCGAUUCUGUAAAAGCCCUAGAUCUGCUCGUUCACGUCAUUAGGACAUGGUUACUUAUUGCUUAUGUUUCUUAUGACUACUGUUGUGUUCAUGCUUUCUGUUAGCUAAAAAAAUUAGCAGAAGCAUAAUCUUUAUUCCUCAUUGUUCAGUGGUGUCUUUAUUAUGCAUAUUAUACACAGCUGUUGGAUUUAGUCAUGUCCAAGCAUUUAGGACAUUUGUCACGGAUUAGCUGCUCAAAUGACAUCCAUCCGAACCCAAAUGUAGAUUGUGUAGUUUAAUUCUGCGCAAUACUUUGCAAUUACCAAUGCUGAGUAAAAAAAAAAGUUUUACCAUUUUA